AUGCUCUGUAGAUGCUUUCUUUGGAAGUCCCCGCUUGUGUUGCAUGUAACUAAGCCACUGCUAUCAAGCACUGUGGGAUCUGUUAAAACGUCUAACCCCUCCUCUGAGACUUUUUGCUCCAAUGAAUUAUCGCCACUCGCAUAUGUAAUGGAUUGUAUGGAGAAUAAGAAAUUUGAUGCCGUUGUGCGUUUUUACGAGAGUUCUUUUCACCCGGAUCGCAUGUCACUGAUUGAAUUUGCCCGGGGAACUGGAGAGGCACGAGAUUUGUUGUUGUGUCUUAUGCGUACCUUUACAUCUCUGGGACGUAUGGAUCGUGUUCGGGAAGUCUUUGCCAUCGGAUUAAGGGAUUUUAGGUCACUAUCAAGAAACACAUUAGUAUCAUCAGAUAGGGGUGAUAGUGUUGCUAGUGAUACUGGUCGUAGUGUCGGUUGUAGUCGUUCCCUUUCUUUGCUUAAUACUAGUUUCUUUAACGCUUAUUUAGAGGUGCUUACCCAGCGAAAAAAUUUUUCUACUGAAGAAGUGACGUUUAUUUUGAAUCAAAUGAAGGCAGCAGGUGCUUCUCCAAAUGCUCUAACCUAUCACUAUCUUAUCGAACUACAUAUACGUAUGGGUGUAGAUCCUAUUGCUCUUUGGAGUGAUAUGCGGCGAGAUCCAUCACUACAGCCGUUACCGUGUACAGUUCAAUCACUUUUGUUGUAUGUAGUGCCAUCAUCACCAGAUGCCUCAUUUGUAGUGGAUGUCACGCGUGAGGCACUUCGUCAUGGUAGUAGUGUGGCGGAUAAACGUCUACUGGCGCAAUUGAUGGAACAAUGGCUUCGUAAUACAAAUGAGUAUCCACCAGAAUAUGUUCUCUGGCUUAUGCUUGAACUAGAACUGCGUUGUGUUCUUGAUAAGGCUUCUUUUGUCCAAUUCGUUCAAAAACAACAUGUCGCAGAACUUCUACAACGUUGUGCUAAAUGUGCAGAUGCUGGAACGGCAGCCAAAGUUUUAGCGAUGAUGGACCGACACGUUAUGACUAAAACGGCGGAUAUUCUUAGUCUUGUUGUUUGGUGUUUAGCACAGGCUUUAGAGCUAGAAAAGGCAUUUGAUCUUCUUGAACUUAUGGCAAGAAAAGGUCAUUUGGAACUCACAGAUCCAUUUAAAAAGUACACGGUAGACUGUUUACGACAUGUGAUGGAUCGUCAUUUUAUGAUGGCUUUAGCAGAUGCUGUAAGUUCCGCUGUAUUGCUUGAUCGGGUACUCUUACACCUGCGAAGACGUCGUGAACGUGGUCAAACCGUUUCUGUUCAUUCUCUUGAUCUUCUUGUGCUUUCUGCGGCGAAACUUGGCGAAGAUCGUCGAUCCAUGACGUUAGUGUCAAACUACAUCACCGAGUGGGGUGUGCAGCCACGCACGAAUACAUACAAUUCUCUUCUUGUGGGUUUAGCAGCCCAACGUGGGGCCUCACUGCAGCGUGUGGUGUAUGAAGCCAUGUUGGAGAAUGGAGUCACACCGAAUGCCUUUACAUUCCGUGUACUUAUUCGACAAGCCGUACUUGCGGAUAGCAUUGAUGAGGCAAUGGACUUUCUCCACAAAGUCACAUCCCACACGGGAUUGCGAGUGGAGGUGGAGAUGUUGUUGCCCAUUAUGGAACGGGCAGCUCGGGCUGGCGAUGCGGAUACAGUGAACCGCGUCAGUAAAUUCGCCCUUGAUUGCGAUAUCGGCAUUGAUGCCGCAGUGCUGAGUAGUGUGAUGAAGUUGUUAACAGAGGCUGGGCAAGAUGUAGAGGUGAUUAAAGGCCACCAGCCACUACACGAGGCACUACGCUCACGGUCCAAGAGCGGCAGACAACGCGUACGGCACGAUAUCACAUCGUAA